AUGAUAAAAAGUGAAUAAUAAAUAAAUUGUCAAAAUGAAUGAAAAGGAGCAACUGCCGAAUUCUUAUCCGUUGAAAAGAAUGAUUACUAUAAACCAAGAUGGUUCUGGAGAAGACAACCAAAGGAACCCUCGUGCCAUCAAUUCGACCAACAACGAAAGCACUUUAUUGCAAGGACAACAGACAUAUUUUGCAGACGAAAAAGUCUUGAUACCAGAAACAGAAAAAGAGGGUUUCAGUUUCCGUAAACUAUGGGCCUUCACCGGCCCUGGAUUUUUAAUGUCGAUAGCAUAUCUAGAUCCUGGUAAUAUAGAAAGCGAUUUACAAAGCGGUGUCGUGGCGCAGUACAAAUUGCUAUGGAUCUUGCUGAGUGCCACGGUGUUGGGCCUUGUUAUGCAAAGGCUCUCGGCAAGGUUAGGUGUAGUCACGGGUCUACAUUUAGCAGAAAUGUGUUAUAGAAAAUAUAGAAAAUUACCAAGAUUCAUUCUAUGGAUAAUGAUAGAGAUCGCCAUCAUCGGAUCCGAUAUGCAAGAAGUUAUAGGAACUGCAAUCGCUAUUUAUUUGCUAUCUUUUAAAGUGGUCCCUCUAUGGGCAGGUGUAUUAAUAACGAUAGUCGAUACUUUCACCUUUCUGUUCCUCGACAAGUACGGUUUGAGGAAGCUUGAAAUGUUUUUCGGGUUUCUUAUAACUGUUAUGGCUGUUACUUUUGGUUACGAGUACGUAGUAUCAGCCCCGAAUCAAGGCGAAGUGCUAACAGGAAUGUUCUUCCCCUGGUGCAAAGAUUGUGAUAGCAAGGCUCUGUUGCAGGCAGUAGGAAUUAUUGGAGCUGUCAUUAUGCCACACAACUUGUAUUUGCAUAGUGCCCUUGUAAAGUCGAGAGACGUCGACAGGAGAAAAACCGAGAAAGUGAGAGAUGCUAACUACUAUUUCUUUAUAGAAGCUGCGAUUGCACUAUUUAUAUCUUUUAUAAUAAAUGUGUUUGUAGUUGCUGUUUUUGCACAUGGUUUAUUCAAAACUACUAACCAAGAAAUUUUAGACACUUGCAAAAGUUCAGCCCCAUAUAUCCGAGAGGAAGCCCUAAUAGUCUUUAACAAUAAUACCGAAAUUGUAGAAGCCGAUUUGUACAAAGGAGGCAUUUAUUUAGGCUGCGCCUUCGGGGCUGCAGCCAUGUACAUUUGGGCUGUCGGAAUAUUGGCAGCCGGUCAAAGUUCUACAAUGACUGGGACUUAUGCUGGGCAAUUCGCCAUGGAGGGUUUCCUCAACCUACAAUGGUCUCGCUGGAAGAGAAUUCUAUUCACCCGAAUGAAUGCCAUCAUACCAACAUUUCUGAUGGCAUUUUUCAAUAGCAUCGAAGACCUAUCGGGUAUGAACGACCUUCUGAAUGCAGUGAUGUCCUUACAAUUACCCUUUGCGACCCUACCGACUAUCGCCUUUACCAGCAAUGCUGCUAUCAUGGGAGAAUUUGUUAAUGGAGCGGUUAAUUCAGUCGUUGCAAUCCUUCUAUCGAUUUUAGUAAUUGCAAUCAAUAUUUAUUUUGUGGUCGACCAGGUUAAUAAUGGAGACCUGACGGAAGGCUAUUUAGCUCUUAUAGUGAUAUUUGGAAUACUGUAUUUGUUAUUCUGUUUGUACCUGGUGAUACACAUGUCUGCGAGUAUGGGUUGCAGGAGUAUAGCUAAUUUAUCGUUUGUGCAAAACUAUGUGAUGACGUCCGAUGCUGAUUCGAGCCCCAUCGAUAAUCAAACGAGUUACUCGAGUACGGGUACCUUGUCAGUCAUCCAGGACUUGUCACAAUUCAAUCGAAGCACCGAAAAUAUUUUACAUUCUUGAACAAAAGAUUUAUUUAUAAUUAUUA